AUGGGGUCUUUGAGUGGGAAGCUGCGGCGGCAAGUUGCGCAGUCGCUGCACAAGGAGUUCACUGGCUGCAGCAACUUGCUGCUGCAGCUGACGCGCUGUUUGCUGCUGCUGUUUUCGGAUGCAGCAGCGCGCUCGCACCUGCAGCCCCUGGCUCUGGACUGCAUCAGGUGCCUCGCUGCGCUGGGCGACGUUGCUGCAGUGCUGCGCUGCCUCUGCAGCUGGGGGCUGGGGGGCGCGGAGUUUCAAGGGGCUGAGGGUUUGCUGCUGCAGGCUCUGGAUGUUGUGAAUGAGCGGCUCGUUAGAAAAAGACAAAAGAAACAGGCGAUAGAAGGCGUGAGCGCAGAGAGCGCCACUGCCUUCUGCUGCCUCCUUCUCCAGUCUGCUGCUUCUGUUUUGGCGCUGCCAGUUACUGAAGACUUUGUGGGCGAGGAGCUUCUCGCGCUUCAACUCCUCGUCGCCGGCCUCCUGAAGAACUUUGUAGAGAACUGCGGAGAUUACGUGCUGCGGCACUUUGAGCCGGAGGUGCUGGGGGCUUUGCUGCGCAGCGGUAUUCUGCGGGUGGCGAUGCACCCCUCUGUGCGGGUUGCCUGCCACGGGAUAGCAGCAGCUGCUGCACUUCUUCGCAGGCUGGUGAGUCUGAGUGCUGCAGAGGAGGCGCCGCAGCAGCAGCAGCAGCAGCAGCAGCUGCCGCAGUGGCUCGACACCAGGGCGCUGCUAUCGGUCUCCUUCGUCCGCUGCCUCCGCAUGGGAGACCCCCAGAUUGUCAAGCUGCUGCAGCCUGCUGCUGCUGCUGCUCUCAACUCGGUGGCUGCGCGGCUGCUGGAGACUGUGGGCGACAGCGCAGCAGCAGCAGCAGCAGCAGCAGUGGGGGCGCUCGCGGCGCGGCGGCAGGCGCUGCAGCAAAAGCUCCUCGCCCAGCAGCAGCAGCAGCAGCAGCAGCAGCAAGACGAGCAGGAGGCGCGGCGCAUGAGCAACAAAAGAAAAGAAAUGCUGGCUCAGCUGCGGGCUUUGGAAGCAUCUUUAAGGGCCCUUGAGGCGCUGCAGCUGCUGCCGCUCCCCUGCACGGCAAACUGGGUCCAAACUGUCGCGAUGUACGCUGAGGCGGAAGAUGCCGUCGCUAGGGACUCGACAGAUAAUUUCCCAGCGCGCUUUGCCGGCCUAAAGUCUUCAGCGCUUUUGGGCCUCACGACGCUCGUUGGACUUUCUCCCGCCGCUGCCGAGGCCACGACUGCGUGGACAGAAGAAGUCUGCAGCCAGCUGCUGGAGUCCCCUUUGCUGCUGCACCGGCAGGGGUCGCCGGACUCGCUGCUGCUGCUGGUGCUGCAGGCAGCAGCAGCAGGAAAGCAGUACGAACUUGCAGACAAGAACCAGCCCUCUCUAUUCCCUUCUUGCAUUCUGCUAGACGGCUGCUGCUCCUUCGUGGAGGCGCAGGUGCAACGGCUGAAGAGCGCAUGCUUGACAGCAGCAGCAGCGCAGCAAGGCAGCGCAGCAGCAGCAACUGCUGCUGUCACAGCCUGGCUGCUGCCGCAAAACGCAGUCGACUCUCCCUGGCUGCUGCGGCUCUGUGGGGUCUUCGGGGGCCUCGUGAGGAUUCCGCUGUUUGAUGCUGCUCGUGCUGCUGCUGCUGUUGCGGUUGCGGAGCGCGCCAAGGCAGCAGCAGCAGCAGCGCGCAGCGCCGAAGCAGCGGCAGCAACCUUCAGCAGCAGCGGCGUUUCUCUCCACGACUACUUUCUAGAAAUCCGAAGACUCGAAUUUGUUUCUGGAGCUUCUUAUCUUCUCAACUACUCGCCGCCGCUGGACAUCAAAAGCAUCCUCGACCUGCUCUUCCACCACAUCCUGUCGAGCGAGAACGCAGCGUCUCACGUAGAAAACGUGUGGGCCUACCCGCUGACAGCCCCGCAGCAAAUUCACCUUUGCCGCCGCCGGGCGCUGCAGACUCUCAUCUCCAUAUCAAGUGCUGGCUCUGAGGGGCUGCAGCAGUACCUGCCGCUGCUGCUGCAGCACAUUCAGAAGAAGAUGCAGGACGCAGCAACUGAGCAGCAGCUGCUGCAGUCGGAGCGGGGGCUGCUGAUGGAAGCCUUUGUGUCUCUGGUGUCUGCGACGGGGAACUACGCGCUGCAGCAGCGGCACACGCUGCCGCUGAUCGAGCCGUUUGCUGCUGCGCUGCGGGGGCUGCUGGGCGAAGUGGAGCAGCAGAAGCAGCAGCUGCUGCAGCGAGACCCAGACGGCGGGGCCUCAGCAGCUUUGCUGCCGCCCACCACGGGCCUUUUGUUUUACCUUUUUGGAGAUGUCCGCAGACAGCAGACGCAGCAGGAAGAAGAGGAAGCAGCCAAACGCAG